GAUUCAGCAGGGUGUAGUAGGGUUUGGGUUAGUAGUAGGGAUUGACUAUAUACCAAGUAAGACAAGCUAAGAUGGGUGAAGAAAGUAGCGAAGCUACACUUGUGUGAUUAUUUACAAGGAAGAUUGUUACAAAAGGUCAAUAUGAGUAUAUUUCGCAAAUUUUCUCACCCAAACGGGGACGAGACUUUUAUCUCAACUACGCAAUUUGAUGAUGAGAACAAUGAAGACAUAUUCUGUACAGAAGACAAUUUAAAAGAAUCUUUGUGCGAAUUGUCAGAGGAACUUUCGUCACUCGGUAUCACACCAAUAACUCUAGAUAACGAUGACGAUUUACAAAGCGCAGAGAAACAGCCUUUUAUACAAAUCAUAAAUUCUACUUGGGAUUUGGUACAUAAACAUAGAUCGUUUAUGCGGUUAUAUGACAAGACGGUCCUUCUAAAUCACAAAACUUAUAAUAAUAAUAUCCAUUUCAAGAAUCAAGUAACGCGUCUACAGGAAGACUUGGAGAAAAAGGAACAGGCGUUGCACGACGCACAAACGAGAGAAAACAAGCUGAAAUAUCAUUUAGAUAACGCGUCGCGCGAUCUGAAACGCGAAAAGGAAGAGGCACGAAAACUAGGAAAACAAGUUCAAUCCAAAAACAUUCAGCAUGAACAUGAAAUGAAGAGAAUUUUGCAAAUCAACCAAAAGUUGCAAGAGCAAUUGCGAAAGUCUAUCGGUACCUUUAUACCUCGGGAUAAAGCCUUGCAAAAAAUACAGACAGAUCAGGAGAAAGAGUUAGCUUCGUACAAAAGAACCGUCAGUCGUUUGGAAGAGAACAACAGGCAGAUGUUGGAAGAAAUCAAUGAUCUGAAAGAGGCUCUGGCACUACACAAGGGCGCAAUCGAUUUGCAGAUAGAGGCGUCUGGAGCGUGGAUCGAUGUGGAGAAAUAAUAUAUUAAGCUCUUAAUUGGUUUUCAAAAUAUUAA